GUGAGUUCAGUUGCAGUCGGAUUUCGCCCGUGCGACAUCGUCCCCCAGCCUCACAGCUCCCCUUUUAACCAAAUUUCCUGCAGUUUUCACGCGGAUACUCGUUUGGAGGAAAGAUCUUUUAUGGUCCUGGCCGAAGAUUGCACGAUGUCUCGCACCGACGAGGUUCACCGAGUGACGGAAAAUGUCUACAAGACAAUCAUGGAGCAGUUCAACCCCUGCUUACGGAACUUUGUUGCCAUGGGGAAGACCUACGAGAAGGCUCUUGCCAAUGUGACAUUUGCUGCGAAAGGCUACUUCGACGCUCUGGUGAGAAUGGGUGAGCUGGCCAGCGAGAGUCAAGGAUCCAAAGAUUUGGGCGACGUGCUCUUCCAGAUGGCUGAGGUCCACAGGCAGAUCCAAGUGCAGCUGGAGGAGAUGCUGAAGUCUUUCCACAACGAGCUGCUAUCGGAGCUAGAGAAGAAGGUAGAACUGGAUGCUCGCUACCUGACUGCGGCGCUGAAGAAAUACCAAGUAGAGCACAAGAACAAAGGGGAGAGUCUGGAGAAGUGUCAGGGAGAACUGAAGAAGCUUCGCCGAAAGAGCCAGGGCAGCAAGAACCCAUCCAAGUACGGCGAGAAGGAGAUGCAGUUCGUGGAGACCAUCAGCAGUAAGCAGACGGAGCUGGACACCUUCAUCGCAGAGGGAUACAAGACAGCCUUGUCCGAGGAGCGUCGGAGGUACUGCUUCCUGGUGGAUCGCCAGUGUGCCGUGGCCAAAAAUGGCAGCGCCUACCAUGGCAAGGGUAAAGACCUUCUUACUCAGAAGAUCCCGGUGUGGCAACAGGCCUGUUCAGACCCCAACAAGCUCCCCGAGAGGGCCAUGCUUCUGGCCCAGCAGAUGGGAUCCGCCACCAUGAGCGGCGCCAGCCCCCUGCACACCUCCAAAUCCAACCUGGUUAUCUCUGACCCCAUCCCGGGAGCCCAGCCGCUUCCCGUUCCUCCCGAGCUGGCUGUGUUCAUGAGUGGUGGCCUCGGGCACCAGGCGAGGCUGAUGGGCCCCGAAGGCCUGUCCAUGGUCAAUGGGACAACGGGAGUCCACGGGGAGGAAUACUGGACCGAUGGAGGGACUCUGUCCCAAGUCAGGCCUUCGUCUCCCCAGACCCAGGCACAGGUGCAGUCCCAGGCCCAGCCUCAGAGACAGGUCAGCGACGUCUACUCCAACACCCUCCCUGUCCGCAGGCCAGGCCCCGCCAAGAACAAGAACCCAGUGGGUGAGACACGGACCCUCCCCAGGUCCAGCUCCAUGGCAGCGGGCCUGGAGAAGAACGGGCGUUCCCGCGUGCAGGCCAUCUUCUCGCACGCCGCCGGCGAUAACGGCACCCUGCUCAGCUUCUCCGAGGGCGACGUCAUCACUCUUCUGGUGCCGGAGGCCCGUGACGGCUGGCAUUAUGGCGAGAAUGAGAAGAACAAAAUGCGUGGCUGGUUCCCCUUCUCCUACACGCGAGUGCUGCCUGAGACCGACAGCGAGAAGCUCAAAGUGAACCUACAUCACGGAAAGAGUAGCAGCACGGGCAACCUCUUGGAGAGCGACCAAUCCCUGCCCACACCCGACUAUGGCCUGACCGCCCGAUUGUUGGCGCAGAGUCUGGCGCAGACCCGCCCCAGGCCCUACAGCAUGGCAGGCUUUGGCACUCAGCCUGCAAUUGAGGAUUAUGAUGCCCGCUUUGCCACAAGUAGCGGUUGGUGGGUGGAGGAUUGCGUUGAGAGCCGGGGCGGGGCCUAUCUGCUCGGCCUGCAGCGAUACGGACUCUGAGCAAUGGCAGUCGCGUGUGGACAGACUGCCCUUGCUAGCCUGCUUUGUCUUCCCCCUUUCCCUCGCCCUUGCAUGUACAUGGUUGUCUUUUUUGUGGGGCUAAAAAAAAAAAAAAGGAAGACAUCAUGGUCUUGUACCGCAAAAGUGCCAAAAGACCCAGAGGGUGGGGCGGGGCGUUUUCACGUUAUGGCUGUGCAGGGGAGAUGUAAUCGAUUGUACUUACACAUGAUUCAUUUUUCUGUUUGACAGUGCAUGGAGAGAGUGAACACACCCCCUCACUGUCAGAGUCGUGUUAUUCUCCUAUAAAAUCAUUUGUUUAAAGCAGUGAGUCCAAUGUAUUUAUUUAUUGUUUUUGCUUUAACUCUGAGGAAAAAAAAUCUCAGUUAACGUCUUGCAGCAGUUUGGUAGAACAAUUCUUCUUCUUCAAAAAACAAAAACAUAUUCAAGCUUUUUCUUAGCACUCACAGUUGAAGUUCACUUUCAAACUCAAUGUGAAACAAAGAUCAUUACUAGAGCUGUCAAACGAUUAAAAUAUUUAAUCUAAUUAAAAAUGCAACUGUCAUAAUUAACUCAAAUGAACUAAAAAUUAAUCGUGAUUACUUAUUAAUUAAAACAUUUUUGUCCUAUUUUUCCCCAUUUUAAUCCUCUCAUCAACAUGGAAUCACGAAUCAGUUUUCUAUGUGCAAAAUGCAAAUAUUUACUGAAAUAACAAUUUAGAUUUUCAAUUUUACAUGAACAUUUUUCACUUGGAGCAGUUAUUCACACAUAAUCUCUCACACAAUAUUACUGUCCAUCAACAAGAGUGAAAAAAAUAUUUUGUCACACAACAGCUGCUUCAGCAGCUCUUUUUAUGGAAUCAAAACAGAGCAAUAUAACAUUAUAAAGUGCACAUCUAAGGUAAACUAGUACUCAGCCUAUAGAGGAUUUAAGCCAUGGUUGCAUACUUCGGUUUUCUCAAGUUUGCUUUGAACACAGCAGUCAGGCUAUGUUGAUUGUGUUGGUCCUUCUUGCUCGGAAGUCUCUCUAUGGUUUUGUGCAGACAUAAUUUCGGAUGACUACACUUGGGUAGAUGACAACACUGGAGACGUUUUAUUUUAAGUGUGUUCGCUAGGUCGCUACCACUGCACCGCUGAACUCUUGACAUGCCUCAGCGCACCGUCACUGUCAGACGAACACAGAGAAGCUCCACCCGCUUUAUUUAUAUGGCCACGGAACACCGUAACCUUCCACACAAAAUAGUUCCAAACAAGUAACAAUCGAUGGCAUACAUCGUAUUCCAUAUCAACCUAGUCUCUUAUUUCUCUCCCGAAAGUGUCUUCUCCCGCUUGGUGUACCUUAGCCUUCUUCACUACGUACAAUCUCUGUACACAGCUUGUAAUGGAGGCUCUUGCUGGCAAUCCUUAGUGGAGUCGUUUGAUGCAAUGCGAAUGAUUUCAGCUUGAGUCAAGCUGUGGACAAUGUUGAGAGGCUUGCGUGCAGUAGCCAUACAUUUAGCUAUGACUUCAGCAAAUUUGUUCCUCGUCGUGUCAUCCAUUUUCUUCGUUUUGAAAUGAUCCAAAGCUGUCUUUCUGAGACGAGGGGGCGGAGUACUCACGUCAGCUGUGUGCUUGGCCAUUAAGUGGUAUUUCAGACUCGACGUGCUAUGAUGAUCACUCAGUUUACGACUGCAAAACAUACAGGUAACUUUGGUCUUGUCAGUGGAAUAAUCUGGCAACUUUUUAAAAAUAAACUUUCCAUUCAUACUGUAAACUAUUUAAGUUUUUGUUUUCGGUGUCUCGCGCUGCCGUGCCUGGCAAAACAAACAUGUGCGUGGACCUGUGCAGCGCGCUUGUUGUUUUGUUUUUGGUUUAUUUAUAGAGCAACGUAACAUCUACUGUGACGUGUGCCAAGUUAGUCUCGCGAGAAAAAUUUAAUCCCGUUAAAAUGCAUCUAAAUUAAUGCCGAUAAAAAUGUGUGAAACUGACAGCUCUAAUAAUUACACAUUGUGUUGAAAACAACUGCAUAACUUUGCCUUGAAAUUUGGUUGCUUACUGCUAUAACGCACAAUGGGAAAUGCCAUAGAUGGGCUAACAAAUAGUAUUUCGGUGGCUUGAAGCAAAGACGUUUGAGCACAAACAGUAGAGAAGCAUCUGUAGACAGACAAAACUAUUCACAGGCAUAUAUUCUUGAUCCUCUGUAAAAAUUGACAAACAUACCUGUGACUCUCUCCAUAUAUAUAGCUUUGUAUUAUACUGCCCCCACAUGGUCUAGGUAUACAUGCACACUAGAGGCAACAGCACAUUGUCCAUUGUGUAAUUACAGUUAAAAAUAUCUUCUUUUUUUGUAUGGUUUCAAAGAGAUAGAUAUGUAGAGCGCUAUUUUACAAAUUUAAAACACAAAUUUGUUGUUAUUGGUGGUGUUUUUUUGGCGGGGGAGGUUGUUUUGCUUUGUUGUUGUUUUUUUUUUUUUUUUUUUUUUUUUUUGAGGUGCCGGCUGAAAUGGAUGAGUGGCAUUUGCAUUGAUUUCAAUUGGAAACGAUUAUUUGAGAUAGUGUGUUUACUGUUGCGAAUGUGUCCCGGGAAUGAAUUCAAGUUUGAAUGGCGCAGAGAAAAGUAGUCAUCGGUGUCAAGGAAGUGCAGUCUAUUGAAGUGAUAUGUGUUGUUUUAUUGUUUUGAUUUUUGGGGGGCUGUUUUGGUGGUUAUGUUUCGAUAUGAUUUAUCCAACAAAUGUAACUUAAUUAUUGCAAAUUUUAUUUUGUUUUAAAUAUGGUGGCAAGACUAAAAAAAAGUAUUUUGCACAGGCGGUGUUCCAAGAGGGGUGUGUUCACUUUACGUUGCAUUUCCUGUUUUGGGUUUUUUGGCGGGUGUGCCCAAUGCCUUACACACAGCUGUUUUCCCUUUCCCCUGCAAAACACUUUUUAUCGUGUGCAGGCGAGCUUCAAGAAUAUAGCGCGUAUCUAUCUUAUCUACAAAGUGUAUCGAUAUAUGACUUGUUUCUGUCCGUCCACCGAAUCGCACUGUUUGCUCCUUUUUGAUGACUGCUGCAAUUUCUUUGGAGUAGCCCGACACUCAUUGACUUUGGUCCUCUUUGUGCAAAUCCUCUGCCUUGGAUAAGCGCUGUGAGUUUGUUGACGAUGAGCAGCCAUGUUUAUUAUUGAUUUCCUGUGCAGAUCGCUCUCAGUGUUUUUUUUUCUUUGUUUGUGUGUGUGUGUGUGUGCGUGUGUGUGCGCGCGAGUGCGAUUGUACAGCCCACAAUGGCUCCGUCGUUUAUUUUCUUUCUUCGCAAACUGUUGCUGUCCUUGUAAAAAGACUGAUUAGUUGUUUUACAUAUGCAUGCCGUGGAGGGAUAUCAGAAUAUGUGAUUGAUAAAAAAAAAGCAGAUCAUGAGUGUAUGGUGACUUUUUACAAAAGGUAUUCUAAAUAAAACAUAUCUCUAUAUAUUAAUAAA